GAUUUCCAGCAUCCGCAGUAUUUUGCUUUUAUUUUUUUCCCCCUCCUCAGAUGCUGCCGGAUCUGCUGAGUUUUUCCCAAGUAUUUUUAUUUUUUCUUGCGGAAAUACUUCGUUUCCUCCUCUCCACAGAUCCGAGGAUCUCAAUAACCGGGUUUUAGUUGGCGCUGCGGAAGGAAUUAAAGCGAAACCGUGAACACGCCCUUUUUCGGCUUUUAACCCAACAUGGCGGACAGCGGACCGGCAGCAAGCAGCGAGGACAACAAACUGAGUAAAAAGUGUUAAGUGUUUUGUAAAUGGGACAGCCUACUGUGACAGUGCAUUAUGAUGACCAGCUGUCUCCAUAGGCUUCUUGGGCUGCAGUUCAGGGGUCACUGGGGAAAGGUGCCAAAACAGAGCCUUACUUCUUUUACUCCUCUUCUCCAGAGAUUGCAUAAUGGAAAAAGUGAGCUGAAGAGGCGUUUGAAGGCAGAGAAAAAAGCUGCUGAGAAGGAAAUUAAAAUGAAAGAACUAGCUGAAAAGCAAGUUCUUGAAGCCAAGGAAGUUGAUGGAAUCAACAUAAGUGGAGAUGAAGAAACCCUUGAUCCUAAUCAAUACUACAAAAUUCGAACACAAGCUAUCCAGCAACUGAAGGGGACUAAUGAGGAACCAUAUCCUCAUAAAUUCCAUGUUGAUAUGUCCUUAGCAGCAUUCAUUGAAAAGUACAACAAUCUGCAGCCUGGUGACCAUCUCUCUGAUGUUACUUUGUCUGUGGCAGGUCGUGUCCAUGCUAAGCGGGCCUCUGGUGCCAAACUAAUUUUCUAUGACCUCCGUGGUGAAGGAGUCAAACUACAAGUUAUGGCUAAUUCCAAAAAUUACAAAUCUGAAGAGGAAUUCAUUAAGGUAAAUAAUAAACUGCGCCGUGGUGAUGUUAUUGGAGUGCAAGGAAACCCAGGAAAGACAAAAAAAGGAGAGCUGAGUAUAAUCCCCAUUGAGAUUGAGCUUCUAUCUCCUUGCCUGCGCAUGCUGCCUCACCUGCACUUUGGACUCCGAGACAAGGAAACUAGAUAUCGCCAGAGGUAUUUGGAUCUGAUUUUAAAUAAUUACGUGAGGCAGAAGUUCAUCAACAGGGCCAAGGUCAUCACCUAUUUACGGACGUUUUUAGAUAAUAUGGGAUUUCUUGAGGUGGAGACGCCCAUGAUGAAUAUAAUUCCUGGUGGAGCAGUUGCCAAGCCCUUCAUUACACACCAUAAUGAGUUAGACAUGAAUUUGUACAUGCGAAUUGCUCCAGAGCUUUACCAUAAGAUGUUGGUUGUAGGAGGUCUUGAUAGAGUGUAUGAAAUUGGUCGCCAGUUUAGGAAUGAAGGCAUUGAUCUCACCCACAAUCCAGAAUUUACUACAUGUGAAUUUUACAUGGCCUAUGCUGAUUAUAAUGACCUGAUGCAUAUCACGGAAAAACUCCUCUCAGGUAUGGUCAAGCACAUCACAGGCAGUUACAAAAUCAUAUACCAUCCUGAUGGACCUGAGGGUCAGAGUUAUGAGAUUGAUUUUACACCACCAUUCAAGCGUGUCAGUUUAGCAACAGAUCUGGAGAAAAUUGUGGGAGUGAAAUUUCCACCUCCUGAUCAGUACGAGACUGAAGAGACCCGUAAAUUCUUUGAUGAUUUAUGCAUUCAGAAAGGUAUUGAAUGUCCACCUCCAAGAUCUACAGCCAGGCUUUUGGACAAGUUGGUUGGUGAAUUCCUGGAGGUUACUUGUAUUAAUCCAACAUUCAUCUGCGAUCAUCCUCAGAUCAUGAGCCCGCUAGCCAAGUGGCAUCGCACCUUUAAGGGUUUGACAGAACGCUUUGAACUUUUUGUUAUGAAAAAGGAGAUUUGCAAUGCAUAUACAGAAUUGAAUGAUCCUGUGAAACAAAGAGAGCUGUUUGAAGAUCAGGCCAAGGCUAAAGCUGCUGGUGAUGAUGAAGCCAUGUUUAUUGAUGACAACUUUUGUACAGCUUUGGAGUAUGGACUUCCUCCUACAGCCGGCUGGGGCAUGGGCAUAGACAGACUUACCAUGUUCCUAACUGAUUCUAAUAAUAUCAAGGAAGUCUUGUUCUUCCCAGCAAUGAAACCAGAGGACAACAAAAAGGAACCUGCAGAUUCAAUUAAAAAUGAACAUUCUGCAGAAUAGGAGCAUUACUGUUCAGCUUGGAAUACAGAAUGAUGACUGUAUCAUUUUUCUCCUUUUCAGUUAAAAAUAUUACCUCUCAUAGCUGCAGAGGUAUGAAGAUUUGAGAAUUUCAAUGUUAAGUUUUCUUUGUUUCCUCUUCCCUGAGAAUUUUAUUAAGAACAUGCCUUCAGUAUAAUAUUUUAUUUGCAAUGUACACUUGAUACUGUAAACUUAUACGGUGUCUAGCAGAUGUAUUUUCAACAAUGCCAACAUUGACAAAUUGUAUUUUAUUUGUUUGUUUUGCAACAAUCUUCCAUCCCUGUAAGUCACUCCAGAACAGGAGAACUAGAUUUUUAAUUGUACCGUUUAAUACCUUUUAUACUAAUUCUGCAAUAUAUCCAGAUUUGUUUCUUAUAUGCAUCUGAGCUAUGGUAUUAAAAUGAAUGGGUCUAUAAUGGUGAAUUACUGAAUAAAACUAUGGCAAUCUAA